ACUGACUCAUUCUCUCUGCUGCACUAUGACUAUCAUCCUGUUAUUUCUGCUGUGCGCUCUGCUACCGUCCCUGGGCCACGCCGCUCAUGCGCAUGUUGGUAUAGUGAACGGCACAGAGGCUAAACCCCACUCCAGACCCUACAUGGUUUCUCUCCAGAAAGAUGGGGAACACAUCUGUGGUGGCUUCCUUAUAUCUGACAAGUUUGUGAUGACAGCUGGACACUGCUGGAAAUACGGAGACAACAUGACAGUAGUGAUGGGGGCUCAUGAUCUGUCAGAAAAGUACUCUUCUACCCACAUGGAAGUGAAGUUCUACCACAUUUAUCCAGAAUACAAUCCUCAAGGGUUCAAUGACAUCAUGCUGCUGCAGUUGAAAGGAAUAGUCAAAAACAGCACUGUUAUAAACUGGAUUCCCUUAAGAAAAAGAAGACAACAGAUUAAGAACAAAACCAUCUGCAGCAUCGCUGGCUGGGGGAGAAACAUGACUAAUGGGCACACCAGCACAAGACUUAUGGAGGUGAACGUCAGCAUCGUGGGCAGACAGGCGUGCACAAAGGCCUGGCAUAAAUUUUACUCAGCUCCUAGCAUGAUCUGUACAGCAGGUCGGGGAGGAUUUUGUAAGGGAGAUUCUGGGGGUCCUUUGGUGUGCAAUAACAAAGCAGUUGGUAUUGUAUCAAAAUUUGAGUGGGAGAACUGUGACUACCCUCACAAACCAAAUAUCUAUACGAAGAUCGCCAAAUUUCUGCCCUGGAUCAGGGCUAUAAUUAAGACCAAGAAGUGAAAAGCAAUGAAGCAACCGAUGCAUAAUUGAA